UAUGGAGAAAAAGUGAGACAGAAAACAAGUUGUAGAGAAUCAUGAAUCGAUGACGGAUAUCAAGAAUUCAUCAAAAUGAGGCAGUUUUUCAUGGUGAAAUGCUUUCUUGUACUGUUCUCGGUGUUAUUGUGGCUGAUAGGAGCGUGUAUAUUUGGCGUGCUGCUGUGGCUGCGUCUUGACUUCUGGUCGAACGAGUACCUGGAAGUGGACAAUGAGCUGAACCGGUACCUCAUUCUGCUCUACAUCUGUCUGGCUCUCAGUCUACUCAUCGUCGUCUUCGUCAUCAUCGGCAUCGUGGGCACCGCGUGCGUCGUCAAGUGGGCCUUAGUGCUGUAUUUGAUUGCCUUAUGUCUGACUACUGUCUUGACUAUUGGUGCUGUAGCGUAUGGAUUUUACUACAGAGUAGAGCUGGAGGAAUCUAUUUCCCGAGGGAAAAUCGUGACACAUUUUAUACAGCAAAGAUAUAAAGGACUUGAACUUGACCGAGUGACAUAUGUUGUGGACCUUAUGCAACUAGAGCUGAAGUGUUGUGGCGGCGCCAGUUAUUUUGACUACCAAACAUCAGCAUGGCGUGAGACAGACCCUGAUAAGCGUGAUAAAAUGACUCCAUUUUCUUGCUGCUCCGAUUAUGAGAGACAUCAAAACAGUCCUGACCGGUUCAAGAAGACAUGUAGCAUAUACGACACCACAUCCACCAAGGAGGACCAGCUCAACCCCAGGCUCAAUAAGAAGAACUGUCGAGAAGCUCUGACUGAAUUUUUUGGAAAAUAUGUUCUGGCUAUAACAGGAGUUGUAAUAGCCAUGUUCAUUUUAGAGAUUCUGACUCUGGGUCUGACGUCGGGUCUGAUUCACAUACUAAACAACAGAUACGUCCCACCGCCAGAGGAUGUGGUGUACGACAUGGCACACAAUCAGGAGAAAUCGCCCUACCCAUCAAGAGGAGAUUACAGUGGACAUGGAAGCUACUACCGAUAGGCAAACCAGAGCUGUUUCUACCUGUAGUCAAACAGAGCUGUUUCUACCUGCAGUCAAACAGAGCUGUUUCUACCUGUAGUCAAACAGAGCUGUUUCUACCUGCAGUCAAACAGAGCUGUUUCUACCUGUAGUCAAACAGAGCUGUUUCUACCUGUAGUCAAACAGAGCUGUUUCCGCCUAUAGUCAAAGCAGAGCUGUUUAGUAAGACAGCUGUUUUUACCGAUACACAAAACAGAGCUGUUUAAAGCAAUAGACAAAGCAGACCUGUUUUUACCAAUAAGUUAACAGACCUGUUUCAACCAAUAGGCAAAACAGAGCUGUUUCUACCGAUAGGCAAAACAGCUUUUUGUACCUAUAGGCAAAACAGAUAAAACAGAGUUGUUUACAUCAAUAAGCAAAACAGAGUUGAUUACAUCAAUAAGCAAAACAGUUGUUUUUACCAAUACAUGAAGUUAGAAAUUGUUUACUACUGAUGAAUAAUGUUUUGUAUCCAGUAAUCAUAAAACAUGUGGUAUGUGUGGCAUUUGAUCAUUUCUGCUUCUUCAGUUCAAUCUCGCCACCACUGAAAGCACACCAGUUAUCUGCCCUUGAUUGAAGAUCAAAAUAAAAAUUACUUUAUUGUCUCCCUUUAUUGCUUUCACCCUGCAUUUAAACAAGUUUAUUCUAAUUUCCCAAACACUUUUACAUUGUUCUUCAAUAUUAUUCAAAAGAUGGAUUAACAACUUGAUGUUAAUAAUUUAGGCAUAUGAUGUUGUGGUGGUGGGUGGUAUGGGGGUGCUAUCAAUUGGUGUUGCUUAUGUGGUUAAUGUGUGAUUUAAACUACAUUCUAUUUAUUUGAAUAGAAGAAUAAUUGCAGUAAUUCAGUAGUCUACUGAAAGAUACAUGAGUGUGUUUUUAAAGUGACAGACCCUAGUUUUUAAACAUUACAGCAUUUUUUUUAACUAUUAGAGCUGUUUUUCAUAAUUGAAAUAAGAUAUUAGGUAGAUUUUAUUGUUUAGAUUAUCUGUUUCAUUGCUUAUGGUCAUCCAGAUGUUUCUAAUACCAUGAAAUGUGAUUUUUCAUAUUUUCAAAAAGCAUGUACCUCUGAGAAGUAAAGGCUAUGGAAACGAACUCUAGUCUUAUUUUCAAUGGGCAUUUCUCCGUUUUAACACCACAGACUUGUUUCACUCCAAAUAUGUAACACAUUUGUAAAUAACCAAACUUAGUGUCCAUUUUCACAAACUGAAACUAGGGUCUGCAAAUUUUAAUGCAACUUUGAUGAUUUUUUUUUAAUUGAAUCUAAUCAAUUUAAAAUAUAAUAUCCUCACUGGUGUAACAUGUUAUCACUAGUUUCAUCGUGCUAGAGAGUGGCUGUCUUCCUAUAGGUGAACAUCAUAUUUACAAGCAUCUCCAUUGUCAAAUUGAAAUAAAUCAUUUCAAAUUAUGUUGGGUCUUUUUUAUAUCAUACCAGCAGAACACAAACAGGCAGCAUAUUAUUAUAAAGUCUGCACACUGUUUUAAAAUGUGCGUGUGUUUUUUUUUUGAAUAAAUGGAUAUUUAAUCAGACUACAAACUAAAAACAUCAGCUUUUGUUUUUCAAAAAGAAUUGCUUUGCGGUAUUGUUGGUGUACAAAUUAUGGAAAGGGCGUAUUUGUAUUAUUUUUUGUCACUAAUUUAAGAUCGCUAAAAGGAACCUCGUUUUAAACUGGUGAUCAUAUUUAACAAUAAUUUUCACUCUGUUGUAUGAUUCUUUAUUGUUGAUAUUUAUAUAUUUUGUUGAUUUCAUCGAUCAUUUUUAAUGCCAAUAAGUUUGAAAUUGUUUUAAUGAAAAUUACAUAAAUAAUCCUUCAUUUACAUGUUUACUUUCCGUGUUUUGUAAUCUAUGUAGAGCUUUAAUUGUAUUAUUUUGUACAGAGUUAUUUAUCAUUGUUUCUUCAUUGUGUACGAAUAUUAUAUUUUUAAUGUGUGACCAGUAAGUGGGUUGUGUUUUAGUAAAUAGUCUUGAGAAGUAUUACAUUUCUCAUACUGUAUUUUCAUCUUUCUUGAGAAACUAAACAUAUAGUUAAUUUUUGUAACUUUUUAUAAGACAAUAUACACAUCUGAAUAUUUUGUAUUUGGACAUUUUUAAUCAUGGUCUCUUUUAAAAUCAGUCCAUGUAAUGCGAUGCAUGGUUAUUUAUCAUUAUACUCAAAUAUGGACGUAGUUGCUCAUACCGUUUGUGUUCUUGUCUAAACAUUGUGGCAAGAGCAAAUAACCUUUUUUCCUUCUUUUUCAUCCGAUAUUGUUAUCAAAUUGAUCAAUUAUGCUUUUAAAAUAUCAGUGGUGAUGACCAAGGUAUUAUCUUCUGUACUGAAAGUACCCGAGUAAGUCUCAUCGUAUCUCAGAAUCAUUUUUAUCAUCAGGAUGUAGAUUAAAAUAUGUAUGCAGUGAAAUAUUGUUACCUUGAUGUUGAAGGGACCGAAUAACUCAAGAUAAUGUUGAAUUGAGAUCAAAAUAGUAUUUGGUGAAAAUUCUAUCAUGGGAUAUCCUAGGCUUACAAAGUAACUGAUGUCGAAAUAAUCCAGUUUGACACUGUGUGUGUGUGUAUAUAUAUAUAUAUAUAUAUAUAUAUAUACUGAUGGGGGGGAAAAAGGAACUUAUGGUACUUAGACCAAAUGUAAUUCACUACUAGAGUGGACACAUGUUUAAGUAGCAGUGAAUAUUUGACUGCUACCAGCAUUCCCUUAUUUAUUUCCAUCGGUAUAUAAAUAAUUCUUGCACUGAUGUAAGCUACAGAUUUAACUACAAAUAAUGUGUACGUCAUUUUGGACACAACUUUCUAUGUUGUUAAUGAUUUACUAUUUUUAUCUGUUCUUGUAAACAUGCCAUCAAGUUUUUUGCAUUAAAGUUUCAUAGCUCAUCUUGUAGAGAGAUCAAAGCUUGACAUUGAACAUGCUAAUGUUUUUCUCAUUUAGUUUAACAGUAAAGUACAUUUGUGAAAGAACAUGAUUGAAUAUUUUUAAUUUUAUGACAUACUAUACAUGUGUAUCUUACUGUAAUCUGAUAUUUUAGUAAUUUAUAUGUUAUAUAUACUGUGUAUUCAGUCAUUUAUAAUUAAUUCUGUAAAUAGAGUUGAUUAAAAUUGCCUAGCAUUUUUUAUACUCUAGAUUUAUUGAGCAUAUUUACUCAUUUGUAUAUGGUGGAUACAAUUUUUAAGAACACAUUUAUUUAGAAUUGACAACUUGAUACAGUUAAAUUAUUUUUGUUGUGGAAUACUCUUACUAAAAUUAGUUGAGUGUUGAUCAGAUAUAUUUCAUUGUAAAUGCGAAAGCAUGUUAGUUGUGGUAGCUGUAUGAAAUAUUUUUAUAUAUGUAUUUUCUCUCAAACCUGAAAUCUGCAGGUUCCUGUAUUUCAUGCAGUUGUAUACAAAAUAAAAAAACAUUGGCUCAAUUUUAUAACUCCAGAAUUGUUGCCUAUUUGUUAUGCGUAUGCCUAGUUUAUUUACUAUACAAAUCAUCCUAAAAAUGGUGUUACGAUGUUUUAAUUAUGUCCAUUGUAUUUUCCAUUAAAAAAAUAAGAAUUUCUGGUCAUGAAACUGUUAAAAUACAGUUGUAGUAAAUCUACUGGCAAAAAAUGACCUAGCAGAAAUCACUUAUUAUUUAAAAUAGUGCACUUAACAAAAAAUAGUGUAUAAUAUUAAGUACACAGUGGAAUGAUUUUUUGUGUGUGGAUAACAUGUCAUGAAUAGUAAUAACUGCUAAAAUUCUGGAUACAGACUUUCAAUGCUAUCUUAGGGCUACAAAUCAUAAAACCAUCAUAGGCUAUGAUGUCUCAACAACAUCAUAAUUACAUGUACAUCAUAGUCUAUGAUGGUUUUACGAUAUCGUAACACUAAAACUGCUUGGAAAAUAUGGGACCAGUUUGUCACACUUGUUUUUGAAGGUUUAAAAAACUUGCUGUUUGUCAUUAACAUUUGAGAUGGGAAAUAUGUACAUUUACGUGCUGGCUCACACAUGACUGGGACUGGAUGUUCAACUAGCUUCUACAUUGGGAAUGCAGACCAGUCUCUGUAUAUUUUAAUAUUGUAUUAAAUAGUUUCAUGCUUUGGCUGUUUAAAGCUGCAAUAUCUCAUCUUCAUACGAAAUGUUUUCCAAUGCAAAACACAAACACGACUACUUUUUAAUCAAUUAUUUUUUAUUACAAACUAAUAUUAUAAAUUGCUUUAGAGCAACAUAGUCUUUGUUAUAGUGUAGUGAGAAAAUCUUAACGACAUUUAAUGGCUAGCACUGUAUUUUUAAAUCUAAAUAUGGCAUGCCAUUGGAACUGAAAACAUUUACACUGAGUAUUUGUAUGUAAAGGACAUACUCAAAAUUUCUGCUUUAAAGGUAUUUGUAAAUUAACCAUUAAAGGUAGUGAAGGAUUGUUUAAUGCUGCAAUCCUACUUUGGAAUUUCUCUUUGUGUAAUAUUAAAAGGUGGAUGCAGGAUUUUUUUACAGAGGGGGUUCAAUUUUGUAAAGAGGUAACUUCAGUGUUACAUGCACUGUAUUAUAUGACAAUCGUCUUCAGAAACGUACAGUUUAACAAAAUAUACCUCUUCCAUUAAACAGAAAUAAAUUCAUUAUAUUCAUCCAUUAAACACUGAAUUUGGGGAAUGCUUCAACACCUCCCCACCCCCUCCCCUGAUCAGGGCUACUAUUAAUGCAGAGCUGUCGGCCAAUGGAAUUACUGGUUACAUCUUGUCCUUCAGCUAGUGGUUGGUAGAGAUUCAAAUGACGGUUGAUUUAGACCCAAGCUUUAUUCAGAACAUCAAAUGACAGUUGAUUUAGAUUCAAGGUUUAUUCAGAACAUCCAUUUUUAUGAUUAAUGAAGAAUUUGGGUAUUUUUUUAGUUUUAACUUGUUUGUUACUGACAGCAAGGACUUUCCAAAACAACCUCACUGAUGUAAUUUAUGUAAUGCAGUGAUUUUUACAUAGAGACAUCCCAAAGUGCAGGAUUUGUAGUCAAGCUACAUGAUAGCUAUGUUCCCACCAUUUGUUAUUUGGUAUUGCGAAUAGUUAUAUGUAUGUUACAGGUAGAUUAUUUGAGUAUCCCGUUAAGUGUUUGUCAAGUUUUAUUGACUUGAAGUUUUUUGUAUGUAGCCUAUGGCAUUUUGUCUCAUACAUGUGAAGUAAUAUGUUGGGAUUGAAGUACAUGUAUAUUUAAAUGUUGGUGUUGCUUUCUGUAGAGGUAUAUCAUAUUAAAAAAUACAGAUCUUUGUAUAAGUCUAGUCUUAAGGCAUUUAUAAAUCAAUUCUAGAUUUUUAUAACCACCCAUCCGAGAAUAAAGAUUAAACAUGGGGUGGGGUAUUUGCACAAAAAAACUAAUUUUUUGCUCAGUGUGUGGUAUUUCCAGUGUCCUGAAAUAUAAGAUAAAAUGUCAACCACCCUGCCCCCAUUUUGAAAAAAAUAUGUGGAUGAAAAUCUAGAGUUUAAUAUAUAAGGCGUAAGAUAGAUAGAUUGUAUGGUGGUUGUUUUGUUAGUUAAAAACAUGAAUGUUGAUUAUCAAACUAUUACCAGAGGGACUGAUGGAGAGAAGAUGUUUUUUCACUUUACUAAGUCAAAUAAUAAAGGUGUAAUCUAUUAAAACUGUUACCAGUUAACAUUUGAUUCAGACACUGCAUAUUGUCAGGGCAACACUAUUGUUUAUAUUAAGAUUAUUUUUUAUUAAAACACUAGAAAUUUAUCACUCAGGACAGUAUUUUGCCACAUUAUAUAAUUUUAAUUUCACUGUUAUGUACAUGCUUAGUCACCCAUAGCAAGUGCAAGAAAUGGAAUACCUCGAUCUUUCCCCACACCCUCAAUCCCUGGCAUUUCACAUUUGCACUUUACUUGUAUUAGCUUAAUGGAAUAUUGAAGCUUUCAGUCCGACAUUUAAGAAUUGUAUCAAAUAAUAAAAAUUCAUUAUGGUGGCCUGAAUACGAUAAAAAUAAUAAACCAGGUAUCUAUGUAUAUCUUUUUUUCCUCGUCUUCACAAAAAACAAUUGUUCUGUGGACACCUCAGCUUACAUGCAAGUCAUUGUGGCCUUUUCAUUGUAUUGUGUUACUAUAGGCUAUUUUGACGGUUCCAUUCAUUGUUGGUUCCAUUCAUUGUUGGGUUGUCGCUGUGCAAUAUUAGUUGAGUUUUCUUUCAGCAGUAGCAUUCCAGUAUUAGAUGAUUAAUAGAAUACUUUAGACACUUAAGAAUAUGUAUGUAAAACUUAAUGUUAAUUAAUGUUUUUCAUCAAAUGUUUAUGCUUCUGUACUGUAUGUAAAACUUUUGAUAAAACAUAAAUGAAAACCGUGUUCGUGGAAUACUAUGUAUUUAUAUUUCUCAUUUCAACUGGUGGAUUUUGUUCCUUUAUAAGUGCAAUCUCUCCAUCCUCUAAUACAGGCAUGUGAACGUUUAGCUUUUUGUCAGAUUUCAUUUUGUGGAGUUUUUUGGUUUGUUGUUUUCAGGUUGUUGUUGUUGUUUGGGGGAGGGGUUGGGGUUUUUUUUUGGGGGGGUGGGGGGGGGCAACAAAUAGUCUUUACAAAGUUGACAUGCUUUAAAUUAUCUAUAUUGAGUAUGGUAUAUGAUUUUCAGUUUUUUCAGAGAUCAGUUUAGUUUUUAGUUUUAAAUAAGUACUGUACAAAUGCAAAACAAGAUUGUGUCUCUUCACUCUCAGUGGAUAGCAUGAGCUACCUUGAUGCAACAUAAAAGUAUCAUCACCAUUAAUUUAUGGGGUUUUUUUGUUUGUCUGGUGCGUGGGUUUUUUUUUUUUUUUUUUUUUUUACAACCAAGUAGUUCUGAAGCAUCUUUAUAGCUAACUGUUUUGUAUGGUAUUGCCAUGGCGUUAAGGUCUCCAGAUUUUAUUAAAACCUCAAGUCAACUUUAAAGGUUUAUAAGCACAAGGCCAGCCUCUUGGUUUCCAACAAAAGUAAAUUCAAGUCUUGCUUGCCUCGUAACUUGCCACUUCAUUUUUUGUUGUAGUAUUGUAAAAUUGCCAGUUUGUGACUUAUUUUCUUUAAAACGGUUUGAGGAUAAUUUUAGUUGUGGGUGUUUGACACCAUUCAUUUGUUGUAGAUGUGGGGUUUUCUUCUCCACCAUGAGCUGUGAAAAUCAUAGGAAAUGGAAAGAAAUGUACCGGUACUCGACAGGUUAAUGAACUUGGGGGUGGAGAGGAUAGCUAUUUAUUUUCUUUUGCGAGAGGGGGUUCAUGGACUUGGUCUUUGGCCUGCAUGGCAUGCACAAUAAAUGUUGUUCUGUGUAGACUUUGGUAAUAAAUGUAUAUUUGUAAAUAUGUGUAUCUGCUUUCAUUAUUAGUCCCCUGCCGGUUUAACCAGAGAGGACUAUAGGUUUCCUGUCUGCCUGUUUCACAUAAAGUUUUUCAGACUUCUCUCUUUUUUUUGUAAUGCCUCAAGAUAUUAAGCUGAAUUUUUAAGAGAGAGAAGUCUGAAAAACUUUAUGUGAAACAGGCAGACAGGAAACCUAUAGUCCUAUCUGGUUAAACCGGCAGGGGACUAGUAAUAAAAGCAGAUACACAUAUUUACAGAAAACAACAUACAAAUAUACAUUUAUUACCAAAGUCUACACAGAACAACAUAUAGAGUUACAGAUCAAGUUUGACUUUCAUGAGGAUUGGCCCAUUUUUGACAGAUUUAUGGCCCAUGAAAAUAGGAGAUUUCUUAGGCCCAGUAGUGGACAUGUAUUGAUUUAGCAGUACUCUCAGAAUGCUUGUUAUUUUCACUGUUGAUCUCGAACUUUUAACAGUUAUUAUUAUGUUGUUAAUAAUAAAAAAAUAAUGUAACCUAACAUGUAUUUUCUGGGUGUUUUUUAUUUGAAAUAUAAUACUUCAGCAAUUGGAUCUUGACUGGUGUUUCAUUACAUGCACUUUGAGAAAUGCAUUCUUCAGAUGUCUGCAUAAACAUGUUUUUCUUUCUUCGAUAUGCAAGAGGGAUGAUUACGGUCAGUUUUUAAACUCCACAUUCAGUCAAACUUGAUUUUUACUGAUAUCCAUGAUUUUGGAUCUUGUUUGUGUUAGUGAUUCUGAAAUGCAUUGGUUGAUGCCAUUUAAUAUGGACAUUUUAUUUUUGAACCAUGGACAUGAUUGAAGAACAAGUCUUGAUUCUUGAGCAUUUGUCAAUAGUUCUAGAGAACAUGUUGCUUUUUUAUUUAUUUUUAAAUGUGAUCUCUAGAUUCUAGAACAAAUUUGUUGUCAUAUAUUUAUGAUUCUAGAAGAUAUGUAAUUUAUGUUCAAGGAACAUGUUUUUGAUUCUAAAACAAGCUUUAUCUUUGAUUGUAGAGGAUACAACAUUAGUGAUUUAGAUCCAUGCCAUUUCCUAUAUCCAUUUAACACUUUUCAUACUAACAGGUGUUUUAAUGUUUUAAGAAAUAAAAUGACUGGGAAAUAAAAACAACCACUUAUUCCUGAAGUGUUUAGUUUCAGUAUACCACUCAUUUACCUGCUGAAUGUCGUAUGCAAGCUUUUGUUGUCGGUUUCUUACCUUCACUACAGAUGUUUUAAUCUGAAUGUAUAUUACAUGUGGCAAUAAAGCUAUACAACCUUUA